UCGUAUAUAAUAACGUAUGUGGCAAUUUCAGAUGCCACACGAAUCCUACGAGCCUACAUUUUUACUUCAGAUAAAAAUGGUUCGAGGGCUGUUCGUGAUCGCCCUAGUGCUGCUGGCGGCCGCUGCUGUACAAAGUUUGCAGAGUCAGAAAGAAUGGUUAGAACGCCGGGCAAUCGACGCACUCUUGCAUUUAGAAGGAGCGGACGCACAAGCGCAAGCGGCAGUACGCGCUUACGAGGAAGCACACGCGGAAGCACACGCGGAAGCGAAUGCACGCACGCAAGCGACAGCGGCCGCGUAUCAACCUUACAGACGUCAAACCAAUAUUAGGGUUUUACUUGCACAACGUUGACAAGGUUGGAUCUGAUUUAUUUGCCGAUGACUAAGUAUAAUAAUAUUUUACUCUAAUUAUACUUAAGUAUUUG